GUGAGAACCAGGCGACCAUCAAAACAAACAAAGCCAGCAGGAAAAUGGAGCGAAUGCCGCCCCCGCGGAGGCGGUCGAGAUUUCCUACGUGGCGGCGCCUUGGCCUGCAGACCUUCAGGGACAUAGUGUCGCGCAUCCCGCGCUCCGUCAGCCUCACAACCUUCAAGGCCCCCGCCGAGCCCCUCGGAGGCCCCGCCUCGACGGCCGCGUCGUCAGGUCAUGACUCGCGCAUCCCGCGCUCCAUCAGCCUCGCGACCCUCGCGACCUGCGCGGCCACUGCCGAGCCCCUCGGAGGCCCCGCCUCGACGGCCGCGUCGUCAGGUCAUGGUUCGCGCAUCCCGCGCUCCGUCAGCCUCGCGACCCUCGCGACCUGCAGGGCCUCCGCCAGGGACAUGUCCGCCCCCCGCACUCCACAACACGUCCAACAUGACCACACUCACUGCCAAAUUGCCCUUGACCUCCUCAAGCGAGAGAAUCAAGAUUUAAAGAGCGCUUUGAAUAGGAUAAAAAAGGAAAUUCAAUGCCUCCGGAUGGAAUUUGGCGCGCACGGCAGGCGGGUGGGACUUCAAAGAUCAUCAGUAGACGACCUCCUCAGGUCGCACUCCUGCGUAGACCUCUUCGAGCGCGACGCAUCCGAGACCGAGUCCGAAGACUUUGAUGACAUUGACCGGAGUAUUUCGGAAUUUUGGAGCAAACGGAGCCAAGCCACGGAAGUCCCUGGAGGAAAAGAGGCCUUUUCGGAUCUGCCCUCGGAGGACUCGCUGGCCAAGGUGCAGGCGAGCGGCGGGGAGGGAGGCGCUGCCCACAGCUUGGUGCCACCCUUCAAACCCACCAAAAUCAAGAGGGCUUAUUCUGAAGACUGCAUUAGCAAGCCGAUUUUGAAAAUGCCGGAGAACGCGUUGCACAAGUUCCUACUGAAGCGCGCAAAGAAGCGCCGCCAAGCAAAGGAAGCAGGGGCGAAAAAGAAGCAAAAAUAGCAACAUACUACUGCUUUAAAUCACAAUGAUCUGCCUUGACCCUACUCGGACUUUAUGUGAAAAGGCUCGCUGUUUUUGGACCAUGAUAUUAGGGGCGAAAAUAAUUUCACGCUUUUCCAUUACUUUGCAGAGAGGUCACAAAAAAUUUUACAUGAAAGUUAUCAUGUUUAAGUUCACUUUAUAUUUUUAGCAAUUAUACAAUAUAUAUUUAUUACAA